AGAUAUCACUCGGCAUUCAAACGGACCGGGUAAUCGAGUCACAUCUCAGGUAGGGGAUGCUCAUGAAUAAUAGAUGACCCAGGUAUAAAAGGCACGGUCAAAGAGUCUCCCGUCGAGAGAGAGAAAACGAUGAAGGGGGGGGAAUCUGUGUAUAAUCGUACAACAGACGAAAGAGCUUCGUGUUUGCCAACACGGGCUUCUUUUUCCUCAUGAAAAGGGAUUGACGGAACCUUUUUUCUUUACCCAUCUCCCUUCUUGUUUGAAUUCAAGCCAAACAAAUAAUUCGAUUCUGUCUGGGAGGGACUGUCUACGUGCAAUGAAGGUUAGAACCGUUUGCUCAGCCGGGUCGAGCGGCUGCGCCUUUUCUUCUGACUCCACCUGUGAUUUGCAUCAUUGACAUCGAUGAUGAAGGGAUUGAUUGUAGCGAUAUGCCUCUUGUUAGCAACAGUGGAUGCCGGUGUUAUUUUCGGCCAUCAAAUCGUUCCAAACUACUAUUUACACAGCGGUCUUUAUCCUUACCAUCAGUGGAUUCCGUUGCAUUACGUCGCUUCCCCAGGCAUUUUAAAUUCAAGAGAAUAUGAUCCCGUCGUUGCUCAUCACGCUGUUGACGGCGGUGAUGUCAGCAGAUCGAAUUACCCCUUUAAUAACGUAGAAGGAAGACACCGAGAUGAUAACGACAGCAAUUAUGGAGAAGCAACAAUACCUAAUUACCGCAUGUUCCAUUUCGUGUUGAAGCUGGUGAGAUCGAUGCGCAAACAUUUUCUUCCAGUUUACGCCACUAAUCCAGAGGACAUCAGCAACAUUUACGUCCAGUACGAAAAUGAAAAACGGCGGUAAGCGAUCAAAGACAGGUGAACUCGUCGGCAAACAGGUGAACUCGUCGGCAAACAGAUGAACGCCUUGGCCUAAAGAGAAAUGUAAGACAUUUAAAUGUUGUGCUGCUGGUGGCACACGUUUUCGUAUUAUUUAUUAAAUUGUAAAGGCUCAUCUAAGUUGAUAUCUCGACAUACAAUCAAGGGCGUUUGCCUUUGUGCAUACCAAUGAGGUUGUCAUGAAAAUAGAUGAUGGAUGAUUCUGUUUGGCUAUGCAUGACACACAUUUCGAGUUACGCUUUGUUACAACGUGCCCUUUAAUUUAACAUUGUGCUACAACUGUUGCCAUUGAUAACCAACAAUAGACAUGACUCACGAAUUUA